UCCAGGGCAAUUCUCUGCUCUGGCUCAGAGGCUACAUUUUGGGGCAACUAAGAAAAUGGGUCCCGGACGGUGCCAGUGGGGCGGCCUGCUGAGGGCUUGGCUCUUGUUAGCGGCGGCGGCGGCGGUGGCGGAGGCUCAAGGAGAGGUGGCCCACAUCUUUUCCGAGGUGUUCUUUUGCCAAAGAGACUCCCCGUUUUCGGGCCUGUCCCAGAGUCUGGACAACGAGCAGUUGUUCUGGUUCGACUUCCCGGGGUCUUCUUGGCAUCCACGUCUGACCGAUUUCCGCCCAGAAGCAGAAAACCGGACCUCGAAGGAUGAAAUUCUGAAGCUCAGUAACAUCUGCACACUAGCCCUGGACGUCCUGACUAACUUUUCCCAGGAAUACAUGCCUGAGGCCAAAGGUAUCCCUCAGGUGGACGUUUUCACCCUCCAGCCCUUCCAGCUGGGCCAGCCCACCACCCUGGUUUGCUCCGUGACCAACAUCUUCCCCCCCUCGGUGACCAUCAGCUGGGAGCUACAGGGCGAACCCGUAAGCCAGGGGGUCUUCACCACCCAUGUCUACCCCCUGGAAGGGCUGGACUUCCAGAUGUUCUCCUACUUGGAGGUGACCCCCCAGGAAGGACAGGUCUACAGCUGCACCGUCAAGACCCCGGGGGACAAAUCCAGCACGACAACCUUCUGGGUUCCCAAAGAUCCCGUGGACCCUCAGCUUCUGGGGAACAUCCUCUGCGCCGUGGCCUUUGGCGUGGGAAUCCUCCUCGCCAUUCUUGGAGCGAUCCUCGUUAUUCUGAUGCUCCAGACCAAGAAUGCAGAAUGACGUGCCCAGCCACUCCGAUGAAGACCACCGUCACCCCGUGGGAAGCGCCGCCCCCUUUCCUUGAUCCAGAGAGAAGUGCCUCUGAGUGUCGUGCCCCCCCCAUUGUGUGUUUGGGGUCGGGCUAAGGUUGCCUUGCCCCACCAGGAUCUUCUCCCUUGCUACUUCCAUUGCCACGUCCUCUUGCCCCCCCCCUUCCUGGCCUGCCAAGCCUGGUGUGAAAUGAGUUUUUUUUGGGGGGGGGGGUAAAAAGUUUUUAAUGAAGGGGAAGGAACCUGGUUGGGAUU